AAAUCUCCCAAAGCUCAAACCCCUCUCUCCUCCCCCCACGAAAUUCGAAAUUUCCCCACUUUCACUCCCCCAAAGCCCCCAAAUGGCCGCUCCGCCGCCGGUGCUCACCCUUGCGGUGGAGAAGGGUCCGCGCAAGGGAGAGAUCUGCCAGUGCAGCGCUGGAUCCGUGCUCCGUGUCGGGCGCGUCAUCAAAGGCAACCACUUUGCCGUGCGCGAUAAGGGCGCGUCGCAGCAACAUCUCUCCAUCGAGUUCCUCCCGCCGCCCGCCGCCGGAUGGGUCGUCUCCGAUCUGGGAUCCUCCAACGGCUCCUUCCUCAACGAUGUGCCCCUCGAGCCCUUUGUUCUCACCCCGCUUUCCCAUGGGAACCUGAUCAAGAUCGGCGAGUCCACCGUGCUCGCCGUGUCCAUCCCCUCCCAUUCGGAUCUGAGCACCGCCACCGCUGCCGACCCCGGAACUAGGCGCUCCUCGCGCUAUGCGGCGGAGACGGCGGCGGUGGAGGAGGAGAAGCCCCCUGCGGCGACCCGCCGGGGCACACGGAAGAAGGCAGCGGUGGCGGCGAUCCCCGAAGUGGAGAAUGAAGUGCCGGACGCGGCGGUAGUGGUAGUGGAGGAGGAGAAGCCCCGCCGGGGCGGACCUAGGAAGGUGGCUGCAGUGGCUCCCCCUGAACAGAGGGAAGAUGGGGAGAAGGAGGCCCCGGUGGGGAGGCGCCGUGGUGGACGGAAGAAGGUCGCGGAGCCCUCUGAACCGGAGAAGGAGGAGGCCCCGCUGGCGCCGCCUGUUGGCGGGCGGAAGAAGACCACAGCAGCUGCUGAGCCGGAGAAAGGAGAUGAGGAGGAGGAAGAGGGGAAGAAGGAGGCCCCGAAGGGGAGGCGCCGUGGUGGACGGAAGAAGGCCGCGGAGCCCUCUGAACCGGAGAAGGAGGAGGCCCCGCUGGCGCCGCGUGCUGGCGGGCGGAAGAAGACCACAGCAGCUGCUGAGUCGGAGAAAGGAGAUGAGGAGGAGGAAGCCCUGCUGGUGACGCGGAAGGAGGACACGGAGCCUCCUGAACUGGAGAAGGAAGACGAUGUGGAGGCCCAGAUGAUUACACGCCGUGGGAGGAGGAAGAAUGCUCCGACGGUCGCCCCUCCACCACAGCCUGUGAAGACGGGGUCCAGAGGGGGGCAUGGAAGGUUUACAAGAGCGGCUAGUACAAGGAAGGCCGUUCUAGAGGAUGAGGAAGUGGAGGAAGAGGAGGAACAUGAGGUGGCUGUGCCAAGAGAUCAGCCUGGCAAUCUGUCGACUUCGACAGCGGUAAAGGAUGGUGAAGAGGAGGAGGAGGAGGAGAAGGGGGAUAAGGUGGCAGCUGACGAUGGAGAAAUCGAGGUGGCUGCAAAGGCAUUGGAGGAGGAAGUCCCCAAGGGGAGGGCUUCUGCUCAGUGUGCUGCUUCUGACAAUGAGGGUGUUGGGGAAAGGGGUGGCGGAGAAGAGGAAGAUGAUGGCAAUGGGGAUUUGCUUGGCAGUAGAGGAGAGGCUUCUGCUCAGUGUGCUGCUUCUGACAAUGAGGGUGAUUGGGAAAUGGGUGGCGGAGAAGAGGAAGAUGAUGGCAAUGGGGAUUUGCUUGGAAGUAGAGGAGAUGUAGGAGAUGGGGCGAAGGUGGAGGAAUGUGCUGUUAGAAGCAGCCUUGAGACCAUGACAUUGCAGGAGUGGUUCGACCGGAUGGAAAAGUACCUCCCAAGGAUGAUCAACGAGGCUGCUGAUCAGAUGAUCGCGGAGUUGGAGGAGAAACAAAAGCGAGUCCAUGAGUACAUUUCAACGCUCAGUAAGAGCUCCGACCCUUCCUGAAAAUUAUGUCUUAGAUGCUGGAGAUUGACUAGAAAAUAAACUAGAGUCGCUCCCGUGGUGAUAAUCUUCACUUACUGUAGAAGAAUUGGUGUGGCGUUUGUCCUUUUGGGUAAUAUGAGUAGUUUACUAUCUGGUAUUAGUUUGAUAUGUUGACGUUUGCUCGUUGGCUUGUAAUUAGCUUAGCAUUUUGGUAUGCACUGAUGUUUCUGUGGGUUUCAGGAAGGUGUGUUAUAAUGUUGAAUACUCCCUCCGUUUUGGAA